AGAGAAUAGCUGUCCCUCCUGAGAAUCGUUGCCUUUUCGGGACUUUGCAUUCUCUGACAUUCGGUCCCUCUUCUCUUUCUCAUCGUUCUGUGCGGUGGAAGGAGAGCCUGGAAUUCAUACGAAAUCACAAAUUAAAAGGCUUCCCAUUUUCCAUUCAUCUCAAAGGCAGACGAAGAAUUUGCAGAAUAUGGCUCUGAAGCUGAAUUCCCUGAACUUGCAGUCUCACAAGUAUUCCUCAUUUGCUCUGCCACCAAUGUCGAGGAGCAACCGUAGAUCCCCGAAGUUUUAUAUGGCUUCAACCCUCUCUUCUGGCACAAAGGAAGUUGAGAACCUGAAGAAGCCUUUUACUCCACCACGCGAGGUUCAUGUUCAAGUCACACACACUAUGCCACCUCAGAAAAUUGAGAUAUUCAAAUCUUUAGAGGGUUGGGCUGAGCAAAAUAUAUUGACUCAUUUGAAGCCAGUUGAAAAAUGUUGGCAACCACAGGAUUUUCUACCAGAUCCAGCAUCAGAUGGUUUUGAUGAUCAGGUCAAGGAACUUAGGGAGAGGGCUAGGGAGAUUCCAGAUGAAUAUUUUAUUGUUUUAGUUGGAGAUAUGAUCACAGAAGAAGCUCUUCCAACUUAUCAAACCAUGCUCAACACCCUUGACGGUGUUAGGGAUGAAACAGGGGCAAGCCUCACCUCUUGGGCUGUUUGGACGAGGGCCUGGACUGCUGAAGAGAAUAGGCAUGGUGACCUCCUGAAUAAGUAUCUUUACCUUUCUGGGAGAGUUGACAUGAAAGCAAUUGAGAAGACAAUCCAGUACUUGAUUGGGUCAGGAAUGGACCCUCGAACCGAAAACAAUCCCUACCUUGGGUUCAUCUACACAUCCUUUCAAGAAAGGGCAACAUUUAUAUCCCAUGGAAACACUGGUAGGCUUGCAAAGGAGCAUGGAGACCUGAAACUUGCUCAAGUCUGUGGCAUAAUUGCAUCUGAUGAGAAGCGCCAUGAGACUGCAUACACCAAGAUAGUGGAAAAACUCUUUGAGGUUGAUCCUGAUGGGACGGUGGUGGCUUUCGCGGACAUGAUGAAGAAGAAAAUCUCAAUGCCUGCACACUUGAUGUAUGAUGGCCAGGAUAAUGAUCUGUUUGAUCACUUCUCAGCAGUGGCUCAAAGGCUUGGUGUCUACACGGCUAGAGACUAUGCGGACAUCUUAGAGUUUCUCGUGGGUAGAUGGAAAGUGGGAAGUCUUGAAGGACUUUCAUCUGAAGGGAGAAAAGCUCAAGACUAUGUGUGUGGGCUGCCUCCUAGAAUCAGAAAACUGGAGGCGAGAUCUCAAGGGAGAGCCAAACAAGCUCCCAUUGUUCCUUUUAGUUGGAUAUAUAAUAGGGACGUGCAGCUCUGAGUGCACCAAGUGGAAAACAUAUGCUAGCUAUCAAGAAUGCAAAGUGGAUAGAGUGGUAAAGAUGAAAAGUUCCUCCAUGUUCUUGCUAUCAAGAUUGAAGUUUACUUGGCGAUGGAUGGAGCUAUAAUGCCUGAUUCGUAGAUACAGUUCAUUUGUAUUUUGUACUUGCCUGUUAUGGUGUCUGUUUUGUUUCUGUUAUUUUCUGGUGCUCGAGACUGGACAUUUAGUCAAUUUGCAAUUUUGAUGGUUUUUUUUGCCAAGUAAAUGAUAUUUUCUAAUCAGAUUUGUUUAUAUUUUACUCGUUGACGUUGAUUGGAUUGUGGUGACAUAGUUGCUCUUGGCCGAGCCACAAAGGAACGGGCUAAGCGAAUGAAAGUCAUGUGGUAGAAGUGUCUGCAUGAUAUAGACCCCGAGUUUUGGCGAACUCCUUUUUGGAGAGGAGGUAGGUGGAAGGGUGUUUUAAAUUCUUUUUUCACUUUUACUAUUACACCGAAAUCACUUAUUUUAUCAAAUACUAUUAAUUUUUACUUUUUCAGAAACAUUUUUUUCUCAAACACUACCAACUUUUACUAUUAAAGCACUUUUUCCAAAAUCACUUAAAAAAAACACUUUUUUAAAGUAGAAGCAAUCGCAAACACUCUCUUAGUUCAUACACGUUAG